AUGAUCUCCAUUUCGUCAGCUGAAGAAUUCCACGCUGCUGUUGCCGCUGCUUCCGAAAAUCCGCUAGUCGCCUGCUUCUUUGCCCCUUGGUCGGGUGGCAGCAAGCUGGUGGAGCCCAAAGUGAAACAGCUGGCAGAAGAAUUGGACGGGUUGGCCUCCUUCGCGAAUGUAAGUGCCGAGGAACUUGAGACGCUCUGUGAAGAGGCAGAAGUCGAUAAUUUUCCGCAUUUUCGCGUGUACAAGUCUGGCAAAAUUUUGGGUGACCUCUCUAGCUCCAAAGCAGACAAAAUUGAUACUUUCAUUCGUGGUCUCGUGGCGCCUGAAACAUUAGAGCAAACGGAGGAGAGACCGGAAGGCGACGCAGUAACGGAUGGGGCAGAAGAGGAGACAACCGAGAUAGAAAAUGAAUCGACGGAUGCAGCAAUUUCCAAGAAGCGCCAAGAGCGCGAGGAUAGUGAUGUUCAUGAUGAGCAGAUUGCAAAGAGGGCAAAAAUAGAAGUAAAUGCAUCAGCAUACGUAGACAACGAUGAUGUUGUAGAUGGGAAGGACGGAGAGACGGCAGAAGUUGCUGGUGAAGCUGGUGAGGCUGAGCAGGGCACUGCAGUUCAAGAUGGUGCUGUGCCUAGUGAAAAGAUAGCGGAAGAGGCAGUCACUUGUUCUGUUGAUGCCGCUGCUGCGUGA